AUGGUUGUCUUCAGAAUGCUAAUGUGGUUUCCUCUAUAUGGGCCAGGUACAGCGUUUCCAAAAGAAGAGCUAGGUGGGACUUGCUGUCCCGGCUGUUCGUGUGACCUUUCCACGAUUCACGGCAUUGACGAGUUCAUGCAGAGCUUAGGCUCUUGGUCGCAGCGCUGUAGCUAUGACCGUUGCAUUGAUGAUGGUUCCUGCGAGCCAUGCACUGAAGAAGAAUUGCUGACGCCUCCUUGUAGCAGCGGGCAACGCCAGAAGGUCAUUUGCACACGCUGUCAAGGGAUGAGAAGCCACCUACCCUUUUGCGGGUCUGGAUACAGGAUCUUUUGGUCCUCAAACCACAGCUCCGCCAAUGUGUCUGGGCCUAGUGCAGGGCUCUUCCAUCGCAGCUGCGGACAGGAAGGUUUUCUGAAGCCGCCCAGCGGCUCGCGCAACGGCGUAUUUACGGGCGACAGCCCGUUGGAUGCGGAGGGGACACCCGAGACGGCCAAGUCUGAGAAGUCUGGUGGUACCUCCAACUCGCGGCACAUCUUCCGGUUUGGUGGUGAUGGAGAUGAAGGCUCCACAGAGGUGCUUUAUUUCUUGUUUGCAAAUGCCUUGGUCCUCGCCGCUUCUGCAUGGUCUCUCCGCCGACAGCAGCAAAAGCAGUGGGAAAAGACCAUGGAAGGGCUCUACAGUUGUAUUGAAGAGGGCAUUCCAUCUGCGAGUGCCGGCAGUGCAGAUCCCAAGUCGACCGGAUCAAUCAAUCGGCUGUACACACGGCUGAACUUCAAAGGCGACUCUGCGACUUUUACCGCCGUUGCUUUGCUCAAGGGCUGA